AUGGAAACUAAUGAACAAAACACUUUGAUAAAAUCAGAAGAUGGUUUGGUAGAACCACAGAACGAUGAUCCAGACCAGCAUGAGAGCAAUCAGAUUUUACAACCCAGAAAGGGUCUACCAGUAGAUGGCUCUACUGGAGGCUGUGCAGCACAUCUCUCCCAGAAAGAAGAAAACAAAGCAUUCAGGCCAAGCCUAGAAAUAAGGAGACAAGGAGAUUUACAUAUUGAAAACGAAGAUAGGCGAACUCAGCCCAAUAAAUUUGCUGGGUAUGAUGUAGCUAACACAGUUCCAGAAGUGGAAAGGAGAGAUGAAAUCAUCCAUAAUUUGAAACUUGAUGAUCUAGGAGAGAAAUCUACUUUUAGAGACUCUCUUCGAGUGUUUUGCCUAAAUUUAAAAUCUGUUCUCCCGAUGGUCAUAGCUAUAUUGAUAAUCUAUUUUGUCUCUUUAGUUUAUAUCUUCACAUACUGAGUUCCGCUGGUCUUUGAAGACUGGAAUGACUGGAGCUAUUUUUUUUAUGAAGACAAGGAUAAAAUUCCUGGAGUAAGAAAACUCCCAAAAAGUAUUCAAUGAGUCAUAGCAGGAGUUAUGGUUUUCUUAUUCUUGAUCAUAAAUAUUUCAUUCUUUAGAGCAGCAUUUACCUCUCCUGGAAGCCUCAAAAGAAGUGAGGAGUGGUCUCUACGAGAAGACUGCUUAGCAAUGUUCAUGCCUGAAGAGAGACUUCAAAAGGAUGACAUUCUCUCCCUAAACCCUUCAGAUUUUCUGAAAGACCCAAAAGAAAUCGUUCAGGCCAAAAACUCGACCAGAUACUUAAAGAAGGCAAAUAAACUGAAAUAUUUUGUAAUGGAAAAACCAUGGAACUUAGUCAAAAAGGACUUCUUCAAUAGAACUCAGUCAUGUAUUAUCAAAGCAAUCGAUUCAACUGAUACUACAUUUAAAUUAAGGAAGAGACUGAGAGAGAUCAGAGGGGAAAAAGGACCCUUUAGAGAUCUCAAAGAUCAUGAUGAAGACACUGAUGAUGCCCUUUCAGAAAUAGAAGAGCAGAAAGAUCAAUUUGAAGAUACCCCUUCUGAGAAUGAGUCUGAGCCUUUCCUUGAUAAAUCAAAAGAGGAUCCGAAAGAGCUUAAUAGAAAAGAGGAUAAUAUUUUUCCUAUAUUCAGGUCAACUUAUGAAAAGAAGAGCCAAACUGAAGUUAGAGUAUGCCUAAAAUGAUUAAUAAGCAAGCCUGAUCGGUGCCAUCAUUGCUCUGUAUGAAACGCCUGUAUCUUAGCAAUGGAUCAUCAUUGCCCAUGGCUUAAUAAUUGAGUUGGACUUCGGAAUUACAAGUACUUUUUCAACACAAUUUUCUACAAUAUGAUAUCUGCAAUUAUCUUUUGAGGGACAUAUUGGGAAGUAUUGGGAAAAUUAAUUGAUGACCCUGAUACUAACAUACUGAUCCUCUAUAUGUGCUGACUAGCCUUCAUUUUAGGCAUCAUAUUCGUAAUAGUCUUAAUAGGUUUUAUAAGCCUUCACAUAAGAUUCUUAUUCACAAACUACACAACUCUUGAAUACUGAGAGAAAAAGAGAGGCAAUAUCUCAACUUGGCAGACAUCACCCUACUAUUCUCCAAACUGGAGAUAUAAUCUCUCUUGCAAGCUUGGAUUUGACUCUAUUCUUUACUGGUUCAUUCCUCUAGCACCUACUCUUCCUCGCGACCAAGGCUAUCAUUACAAAGUGUAUAAAAAUACAGGCAGAAGUAAUACCUAAAUUGCUGUAAAACAAAUCUCUAAGGCUC